AUGUGUUCUAGACAUUAUCUCUUCUCGGGUCUUCGCCUACCUCAAGAGACCCUACUCCCAGUACAUGUGGAUGCGAAAUUCGCCAUAUCUACCGACCGUCGCAGCAUUCGAUUUGACCCACCCGAUGGAGCAGGGAUGCGGAUCCCUGAAUCCGUGUAUAAUAUGUGGAUCCUUUCGACACUCGUGCCAGAGCUGUACAUGUACAGUCUGAGCGAACUCGCGAAUAUUCCAGAAAAGCAGGGCGAUUUGUUGAAAUGGUGGCCCCGACAAGCCGAUGAUUCCAUCUCUCGAGAGGUUGUGAGGUCGUUCUACUCUAUGUUACCGAAGACGACUUACCGUCUUUGUCCGACCGCUGCCGGAAAUCUCGUAUCGCCUUGUGAGGCCGUCUUUUCCCACCUGGAACCAAGAAACGUCAGCGCGAUAUUGAUAACGUUGGCACUCUCUGAUUAUGUGCGGACGCCGGCGGAAAUUCUCCCCUUGAUGCCAAUGGAUGCCCUCCGUACCGCAACGGCGUGCUAUGUUGGACAGUCCCUUGAACGACCCAUGAUCUCUGCCACCCUUCGCAGACUGUUCAGUGAAGGCAAGAUUGGAGUCAGCCAAAUUGAUUCAUUACUGCGAUAUCUUCUGGAUGGUCAAAUGUCGCUACUCAAUUUACCGCUGAUAGUUCGCGCUGACCGCUCGAUGUCAGUCUUCCAGUCACCUAGUUCUCAACACGCUUGUACGGUGUAUGAUUUUCCACAAGUUCUCCAGCGGUGCCCGAACCUCUUUCCAAGCUUCUCCUUCAUUCACCCGGAGUAUGGUUUGGAGACUGUGAAACGUCUUGUCGCCAUGAAGUUUGAAGGAAAUGUCGCAUCGAAUGUCCGCUCAUUUGAUGGUAAUGCAGUUGUUCAACUGCUUCACUCUGUAAAGGGUGUCCCGGCUGUUCCGCGAUGCCAGCACUCGGAGGAGACAUCAAAAUGGAUACAGACCUUCUGGGCUUGUUAUAAUAGCCUGCCAGAUCCUCCAUCCGCCAAGCUGUUAGAAGAUUACCCGCUCAUACGCGCUCAUGGCCAGGAUCAUGUUUCCAUCAAAUUCUGUCAGGAAGGAAAGGUUCUUCCCGACCCGGGCGCGGGCGAAGAAUGGGUAGUUCCCAUCAUGAAUAGUUUGAACAUCCCCGUCCUGCGAUCGCCUCCACCUGUGCUUCAGCUUCCUUUCACCUUCACCUCUUUUCUGAAAGCGAUCACCCCACAUGUGUUGUCGAUGUCGUUGACAGAGAAGUUGCAGCCUUCUCAAUUGCAGCGGUUAGCUCAGUGGAUUAGGACACAGUUUCCUUUGCAUCUCACAGAAGUAUCAGAGACAUCCUUGCGCGAUUGUCUCCGUUCACUGCCGCUCUGGCCUUCACGCAAAGGAGGCUACCAAUUACUGCUCCCAGCCAACGAGCUGCGGAUGCUUCCUGCAGAUGUCCCGAUCGAAAUUGCUUCGAAAUUUCUGUGCCAAAUCACGAUCACGGAGUAUUCUCUGGAUCUCAUACGUCUCUGGACGUUAGCCACUAAUAAAAAAUGUCGAAACGCAGCACUCAGGGGACGCGCUUUAUCUGCAUCAGACGUUUCAGACCACUUAGUGUUGCGCUCCCCACUGGAGUACAAUGAACUUGGCGACUAUAUCACCUUGAUACGGACAUGUCUUGUGUUGUCGGACCGGAUGCUCAAAGUCCCCGACGGAAAUCUGACGUUAGUGCCGGUCGCGGAGCUAUACGACAAAUCUAUCCCUCUGUUCUCCGCCGCCUUUCAGACUAAUGAGGCGUCUCGGUUUGUACAUCCUUCCGUGCGAGAUCUCCAAUCUGGACUGCGCUCCAAGGGACUACAGUACCAGGUCACCUACCAAACCUUCGAAAAGUGUGCGGCUGCCAUUCAUACCGAUGUCGAGAGGUCCACUGGCGGAAAUCUUGGGACUAGAGUCGCGACGAUAUACGAAUAUUACGAAUGCCAAUUGCCCUCGCUGAUCAUGCGUAACAACUCUUUAUGGGCUUCCCUCGAUAAUUUCCGCUUCGUCCGGCGACAGGCACAGCGCUACCUUCACGCAUCAUACGACGUGGGACAGUAUUGUUCGCCGUUACCUGACAUUGUUUCUCCCGCCCAAUUGGUGCGGAAGGCCUUCGAACGAAUCGCGUGGACGCAACGGGGACUGUUUCAACGACAGCCCGCAGAUAAUCUCGUCGCAGUAAAUCCAAGUUUGGGCGUUCCGCGGCCUGCAGAAGUAGUCGCCCAUCUCGGCGUUCUGUCACUCAAGAUCGCUCCUCACCAUACGCGGGAUGCGUCUCUGUUGAAGGAUCUACGCGAGACAUACGCAUGGUUGAACAGUCAGUCACAUCAGGAAGAGCUCCGCAUCGCCCUUCUCAAGCGUCCGGACGACGCUCUGUUCUUGAACGUCGACGAUCCCCAGGAUGAAUGGGCGUGGUGCUCGGCCAAAGAGCUCGUCUUCAACCUGCAUUAUGACGAGAACGGCCUGUUGUGCGUGCGGGACUUCCUCCAGCCAUACAGGUCCCUCCUGCUCGCGGCGGGUGCACACGAGGUGCAGGACCCCAAGUUCGUCAGGGACCGCGAAGAAACGACUCGAGAGGAGCAGGACAGUGGCCUGCGCGCCGAAUUCAACAGGAUGCGCAUGGCGGGGCAGUUGACGGACAUGAUCUUCAUCCCAACUUCGUCUGAUGGCGGGCAUACGGCGACGGACAAGCUGAGAGUGCACUCCGCGUUCCUCGCGGCGACAAUUCCGCACAUCAACGCGGCCCUAGUCAGUGGGUGGGCUGAAUGGGAGCAGAAGGAGUAUCCGUUCCUGGGUAGCUUCUUCGGAGCAUCUGCAGUCAUCGAUUUUGUGUAUACAGGGGAAAUACAGAUUCCGGACCCCACAGACGCUGAGGAGGCGUCGGAUCUACUGGACGAUCUCCUACAGCUGCUUGCUGUAGCCGACAGAUGGGACAUGGGCUCGCUGAAGACACACCUGGAAUGGCUCAUUGCGGAACGCUUCAGAUUGGUCAACCCCGUUACGUGCCGCCUGAUCUUGAAGGAUGCAGAGACGUACAGCGCGGCGUCGUUGGUCAAAUUCUGCAAGGAUUAUAUGGUGCAAAACUGCCAGGUGCUGAACAAUCUGUCCACCUGA